AAUGACUGUCGGUUCUCAUUUAUUUAAUACAAAGUCUUUGUACUCAAAACGUUUUAAUUUUCUAUCUCUAAGGAAGUGCUCUCUCUAUGCCCCUAUAUGUUUAAUAAUACUAGUCUUCCUCUCAACUUUCUGUCUUUCAUUGUUUGUACCACGCCUUUCCUGCCUUUCUUGAACCAGUCUUAGCCCACCUCUGUUUUCUUCUUCCCCAGUCCUCUCCUCCUUUCCAAAAUUGUUCAAAAACCCACAAAUUAAUCCAAUCCUGCAUUAUUUUCUUUUUCUUUUUUGUUUUUAUUUUCAGAACAGAAAAACAACAACAACGUAAUUCACAGAGAGAUCGAGUAAGGGAAGAAAUGCUUGAAUGGGUACACGUCGUCAUCGUGCUGGUAGUGUGUUCCGCAGCUCUAGCAACUCUUAUCGUCGUGAUAUCAUGGCGCUGCUAUCGUCAUAAAAAAGGCAAAGAAAUUAUUGUCUCCACCACCAACACCAGGACAGAGAGCUUACAAGCCGGUAUAAUCAAGCUUCACAGAGAGGGUCUUAAUCAUCAUCAUCGAGUUGAUUUAGAUACCAGAAGAGCAGGGAGUUAUUACAUGUUUCAACGAGGGGUUUCUGGGAAACCUUUGUUUAGUUGGUCCGAACAUCCAUCGCUCAUUACUGAUGCCGUGGAGAAUGGGUGGUCUAGAUUCGCUUUUACAGGCUACAUGUCGUCUCCGUCGACAAGAUCAAGGCUUUUGGGAUUAUGCUCAGUUGGUGAUCUCCGAAGAGAUGAAGAACCGGAAUUAAGCUGGGAAAUCAGUCCGGGAUCGGCGGAUUUCAUGCAGAAGGUAAGAUUAAACUCUGGGUUGAAGAAGGUGUUGAAUAUAGGCAAUCAUUCAAUGGCUGCGGCGUCAGUGAUAAGGACAGCUCUGCCUUUGCCAGGGCCUCCUUUGGGGAAUUCGUCUUUCCCACAAGAAGCCUAUUUCGAGAUCACAAUCAUGCAUUGCGGCGGUGAUGAAUACGAGUCCAUUGGGAAGGGCAAGGAAGGUGAGAAGACGAAACUCAUACAGGAGAAUUCUCAUGCGAAAGCGAAUUCGGAAUCGUUGCUGCAUAGGAAUAGCAACAAGAUGAAUGAGGAAUUGAAGCUUGUUGUGGGGGGUAAAGAUGAUGGCAAAGGUGAAGCCGUAAUGUUGUCAAUAGGACUCAGUGCAGGCGGUUCUAUUCCUUUGAAACUUCCUGGAAGCUACCAAGGAAGCAUUGGAUUCAGCUCCAAUGGUUCUGUCUAUCUUGAUGGAAUGAAACUUGUAUUCGAAUCAGAAAAAGCAGAAUGGGGAAGAACAGACAAGGUGAUUGGUUGUGGUUUUGAUCCAAGACAGAAAAAGGUAUUCUUCACGGUGGAUUCAGAGCUGAUCCAUGUGGUGAAUUGCAAAGCAGAGGAAUUUGGGUGUCCCCUCUAUCCAACGCUGGCUGCAAACACUGACAUUUUGGUUCUGGUUAAUUUUGGGCAAAGCGUUUUCAAAUAUGCACCCGCAAAUGCCCAUCGGACCCCCAAUCCUUGCUUCGUUGGUCCCGCUGUAAAUUCCCCUGCAGCUGCACUCGGAUACGACGACAGCAAAGAGCUUUUCUCAAUGGGAAGAAUCGACUCCCAGUGGCUUAAUCGCUCUACAACCAGAGGUAGCCAAAAUAAUCCAGGCAUCACAAACCGAGCAUUGGAUUUUGAUGAAGAGUCUGAAGCGGAUUUGUUUGAGAUUGUGUUGGAUAGUUGUGGCAGAUCUCCAAACGUCGUUUCAUAGUAACAAAAACUUAGAAAACAUCACUAACUGAAGGUAUUAAUAUCAUUACUAUUUUUGUUCUUUUUCCAGUUUUAACAAAUAUGAAUUGCCUAUGUGAGUGAGAUGGAUUUUUGCCGAAUAUGAUUUUUCCUUAAGAGACUUCAGCCAACAGAUUCACAUUCCACUGUUUCAUUAUAAGACCAAAAAAACACAUCCCUUUUUCUGCAUCCUCAGCCUUACUCAUCACCCAGAAUAUACAAGAUAGAUACACGUUCAUACACACUGCGAACACUUCCAUUUUCCCCUCUUUUUUUUCUUUUUUUUUUCUUUUUUUAAAUUAUCUUUUGCCCAUUGUAUAUAAAGCAAUUGUAAUAUCCAGCCACUUUGUAUUUCAUUUUUAUAAAUAUAUAUUUUAUUAUAAUAUAGAAGUCCAUAGAUGUUUAUUGAUUCACUUGUACACCAGUUCUUUAAAUUUACUCUAUCAACCACCUUGACAUGGUUGGGUUUGGCAUGGAUUUUGCUCAUUAAUCA